GUGCAGCGGGCAGGCAGGCAGGCAGGCUGGAGGAGCAGAGCAGAGCGCUGAGGGGCGUCCUGACGGCAGCAGAAGGAGAACCUGUUCACCAACUUCACGCAAGUUUCGCUCUGCGAGCAACGCUAGCGCGGACAAACUCGGACAACAAACUCUCGCUUGAUUCAAAAACUUCUUUUUCGUCCGAGGAGCGGUGGGGGGACCGUCAUCACUGCCCGUGUCUGCGCUGGCGAUGUCUGUGUCGUACUGCAAAAGUUUGUACCCGUUCAGCGGGGAGCAGCACCAGCAGGGACUGAGCUUCGAGGCUGGGGAGAUUAUUAAGGUGGUCCAGGCUCUGCCCGGAGGCUGGUGGGAGGGAGAGAGGGAUGGAGCCCGAGGAUGGUUCCCCUCAAGUUAUGUCCAGGUCUUGGAGGAACCUCUCCGCCUCUGGAUCUUUCCAGCUGGAAACAGGACAGCUGCUCUGACAGACCUUGACCCACACAGACUCUCCUCUCCUCAAAUCCAGAUGUUUCCACAGGGCUCACCAGAGAGGACAGCAUCUCUGAGUCAUCUCCCUGUUGAUGACCUCAGAGACCCCCUGCCUCCUCUCUGGAGAUGCUACAUGUCUCCACAAGGGCAGCGAUACUACGUCAACACCACAAGCAACGAGACGACAUGGGAGAGACCGUCCAGUGCACCUGGGACCCCCAAGACCUCCCUCCGACACAAGAACUCCCUGCCAGCAGUGAAUGGAUUUCACUCAGGUGGUAGUCCCUUGCAUCAUGUGGAGCAUUCACACAACAGUCUGGUUAGGAAGAGCAGUACAGAGCCACAGAGCCCGGGAUCAACGUCGCCCACCAGGAAACAUAACAAGGAGACCACGGUCACGAUUAACUGUGUGACGUUCCCGUCGCUUGCGUGCAUGCCGGAGCAACAGCUGCUGAAACCAAGCGAAUGGAGCUACUGUGACUACUUCUGGACCGAUAAGAAGGAUCCCCAGGGCAACGGCUGCAUCACAGGAUUUGAGGUUUUGCUGCAGAAACAGCUGAAGGGGAAACAGAUGCAGAAAGAGAUGGCCGAGUUCAUACGAGAAAGGAUAAAGAUAGAAGAAGAGUACGCCAAGAAUCUCUCCAAGCUCUCCCAGAUUCCUCUAGCGAGCCAGGAAGACGGGACUCUGGGGGAGGCUUGGGCCCAGCUGAAGAAGAGCCUGGCUGACGAAGCUGAAGUUCACCUAAAGUUCUCCUCAAAGCUCCAGAGUGAAGUGGAGAAGCCUUUUCUGACCUUCAGGGAGAACUUUAAGAAGGACAUGAAGAGGUUCGACCAUCACAUCGCCGACCUACGUAAGCAGCUUGUUGGUCGCUAUGCAGCGGUGGAGAAGGCCCGUAAAGCUCUGGCUGACAGACAGAAAGAGCUGGAGUUGAAGACUCAGCAGCUGGAGAUCAAGCUCAGCAACAAGAUUGAAGAAGACAUCAAGAAGGCCCGCAGGAAAUCCACACAAGCAGGAGACGAUCUGAUGCGCUGUGUCGACCUUUAUAACCAGUCCCAGUCCAAAUGGUUUGAGGAGAUGGUGACCACAAGUCUGGAGCUGGAGCGGCUGGAGGUGGAGCGGGUGGAGAUGAUCAGACAGCAUCUGUGUCAGUACACCACCCUUCGGCAUGAGACGGACAUGUUCAACCAAAGCACGAUGGAGCCGGUGGACCAGCUCCUGCAGUGUGUGGACCCGGCCAAAGACAGAGAGCUGUGGGUGCGCGAGAAUAAGACUGGAGAGAUCAGGCCCGUGGACAUAGAGAUCUGACCUCAGUGCUGUCUGACGGCUCUGCAUAUGUACACUUUUACCCCCCAAGCUCACACUCAGACACGCUGACCCAGAGGCUACAUGCCUGAGGACUGACUGGGAGAUGAAAUCUGUGCCGGGAUCAUUACUCCCCGACUGAUCCACAUGUGACUCCUGACAGACUGGGGGAUGAUCAGUCAGCGCUCACUGGCUCACAUCCCAACAGCAACCAGCUGAGGAUGAUGUCAGUAUUUGGGGAGUUUAGUGAGAACCCUGAGUGAUGAAUGAAGAUGUUGGAUAGUGAUAGGUUGUAGUUUUCUGUUAUGCAAGCUGAUGAUGGCAAAGGAAAAUGUGAACUAUGAGUGUGAAUUGUGAGGCGAAAGGUGAAACGAGGUGAUCGAGAAGCACCAACAAUGAACUUUUAACACCUGUAAAUGCUGAAUAGCUUUAUUUCAUACAGCAGUGUAAUGCUACAGUUUGUAUGUGCUUUUGCUCUGUGAGGUAAUUCUCUGAUUCACUUGUGUGUCGAUACAUAUAUGACUUCAGAACUGCAAGUUGUUGGCAAAAAUGAUUUAACAGAUGCUGCUAAGCAAAAUGCAUUCUGACCCAAGAGUGUUAUGUUACUGUGUACCAGAAUAAUAUAGUAUUUUAAUACUAAUAUCUAGGGCUGUACCGAAUGUCAUUACAUUCUUACAUACAUUCGACGCUUCUAUUGAGGUUUUCAAAUGAAGCUUCGGAUGUGUGUGUCAUCACCCUGAAAAAAAAUAACAAAUCCUCGAACAGAAUCCUCAAUUUGAAUAAAGUGAUUCAUCAGAUUAAAUCAGCUAGUCUUUUUUUUAUUAAAUCAACUUUAAUGAAUAUAACUUGUCAGUUUCGUCAACAGAAAUACAUGUAGGCAGCAGGCUAAUCCAAUAAGGGCAUAAAAUAAUGAUGAAAUAAUAAUCGUGCCCUUAGGCCUAAAUGUUGUUUUUGAAAGGCUAAAUGCUAACAAAUAUGGAUUGAAGCAGAAUAUUUCGUUAGAUAAAAUGUUUGUGAUUUUGUAAAUGAUUACAUCUAUCUUUUUUCAAUAAUGACUUUUGGACUUUACAACGCUCUAGAGUUAUUGGAAAUGUUUGGAUCACACGAGUCGGAAACAAUCCUACGCAGCCACCACUGAAAUCUAAUUUUACAAAUAGUAUAAUACUAACUAGAAGGGCAUUCGGAGAGUGCAGACCUCCGCCAAGGCCAAUAGUCCAGUUUUAGCUUGUUCGUAACAAUUAUAUUAGCUUAACAAGCGCACUGUAGUUGUAACUACAACAAUUGCGGACAAAGCAGGUUGAAAUGUCGCUUUUCUACUUUUUGCACUUUUUCUACUUUUUACUCAAGUUGUCGUCAACUCGAGUAAAACGUUACCUUCAGUGGUUCAUAGUCUCCACUGCGGCCUAUCCACUCUGCUGUGUGAGUGUGUGUAGGAGCUGAGCUGAGCCCUCGGUCAAACAGAGGACAGAGAAGCUAGCACGACCAUAAAAUAUUAAUUUAGUUCAUUUUGCCAUGGAUCUGUUCCAAACUUUAAUGGGUUCUUCCUUGGCCCAUGCUACCUUCCACCAAGUUUCAUGAAAAUCGGGCCAGUAAUUUUUCUGACCACCAAAAUCAUAACCUCCUUGGCGGAGGUAAUACAAUUAGUGUAGCCUAAUCUUUAUCUGCAACUGUGCAGAAAUACCAGGUUUAAACAGAAUGAAUAGACAUGCAAAAAAAAAACCAACUAAAAGCUGCGCAGCAUUCAAAUGUUGAUUUAGAAUUCGAAUGUCAACCUUGUGAAUGAAGCUUCGAACUAUUCGGUACAGCCCUACUAAUAGCCAACGUGUGCAGGUAUUGACUGUUUGCUAAGCCCCACCCCCCUCUGUUACUGUUGCUACGCCUGUCAAGCAUACAGUUCUGGCACGUCACAUAUGGAGUGUACAAAAAAAGCAGCAUAUCAUUUCUGGAUUUUGUUGGCUGAAAUGACGGCUGUCGCUGGCAGAUUUUAUUGGCUGUAAUUAGCUAAUGCUAAAACUCUGUCUCCAGCUGACUUUUAAAAGUUUCCAAUUUGCUUUAACACGUAAUGGCUACAUACAUGAGCAGGACAGAGUCACUAAUGUUACUCUAAACUCUGAUAUAGUAGCACCAUUGGCUCCCAUGAAGUGGAUGUUCCAGUCCUGAACAGGUAUUUUUGUAAUGUAAACUGUAAAAUGACAUGAUAAUAUAAUUAGCUAAUGACAUGCCCCUUAUCUUUGGAAAUUACGCUUGGUUACUACUGAAGAUAGUAAAGCAAGCAUUAGGUAGUAACAGCUUCUUGAAAAAAGACACCACCCUCCAAACUGUUUAGAUAUGGAGUAUUGUAAUCGCUCUUAUUAGACCCCCAUGCACACCUUGAGGGGCUGCCGUGCCUAGUUAAAGUUGCUAAGCUAUGAUUGUCAGUAAGUGACAUUCAUUGUUCGGGUCUGGGUAUAGCUAACGGUCAAUUGCUGAGUACGGAAAUCUGAAAUUUGGGCACACUUCUUCUCAUCUCUGGAAAAAAAAUCAGACAUCUAAAGCUCAAGAACACUAAAACUCAUUUCCACCUGUAUUUUACUACAUUCCUACUACAAGAAUUAUUAAGAUAUAUUAAGAAUAAAAAUCAGCCAAUUGCACUUUAUACCCAAAUGAUUUUUAAUAAAUAUAGUGUUGCUGUUCAUAUGAAAAUUAUUCUAAAGAGAACUUACUUGUUACACAUUUUAUUACUGAAGUUGGAAGUGUUGUGUUCACGAGGAGCCUGGUGUAAAUAUAUGGGAUGUGUGAUUUGCAAUGAAAAAAAGCAGUAGAGUGAAGAAUGUAAAAUAUAGUAAAUAGCUGAAUCUUACACAAAGACAUAUGACAUUCAGAAAUUUGGUACUGAUAUUAUAUGAAACGUACAAAGUGUUUUACGCAAUAGAAAUAACAGCCCUAUUAAAUAUUCUACAGUUUUGGAAAUAUAAGUCAGUUGCUUCACUUGGAUUCAGUGUCAGUGCUGCUGCCUGCAGAAGCUAAAUGCUCUUUUACCACCAUGUCUUGUUCUGUAUUACUGCUUAGUAUUACUUGACUAUUGAGAGAAGGGGAUUGAGACGCGUUUGUACAUUAACAGCUAAAGGUUGGCAUUUUUCAUUAAUAAAAUGAAAAUAUGUAUCUUAUGUCAUAACA